AUAAGCGGAGCGAAUGGAGGAGAAAGGGCCCCUUGAGGUGGCUGAGUGAAGUUGGUCGGAAACUUUGCUCUUUGGAAGAGGAAAAAGGGGGCGGGGGGGUAGAGUGGGGUUUGCAGCGUGAGAAACUGCAGAAGUGAGAAGCCAGCGUGUAGGAGCCCGGGAAGGCACCAUGUCCCACAAAGGAUGCCUCAGCGUCACCAAGUACUUCCUUUUCAUCUUCAAUGUCUUCUUCUUUAUUCUUGGAAGCCUCCUCUUCAGCUUUGGUUUAUGGAUACUUUUUGACCAGAAUAGUUUUGCAUCCACCCUAGGGUCCUCAGUUUUUGCGUUGAAGAUCUGGUCCUAUAUUUUCUCUGGGGUGGGCAUCCUCACAAUGCUGAUGGGAUUCCUCGGGUGCCUGGGCUCCCUCAAAGAAGUCAAGUGUAUGCUGGGAUUUUACUUUGCCUUCCUGCUGCUUCUCUUUGUUGCUCAAAUCGCCAUUGGAAUUUUGGUGUAUACACAGCGCGACACGAUCCAUGUGAGAGUCAGAGUCUAUGUUGGUGAGAUAAUUCAAAAUUACAAGUUGAACGGGUCACUCACAGAUAAGGAGGAGAGCUGGGAUGUUGUACAGGAGCAGUUCCAGUGCUGUGGAUGGAAUUCCUAUGUAGACUGGCGAGAAAACCAUGUGGUGGCCAGCAAUGGCUCCUCCAUCUAUCCUUGCUCCUGCCGAAACCGGUCUCAGGCUGGCCAGCCGCUGACCAACAACACAGGGACCCCCAAGCCUCCAGAGCGCCCUGAAGGUUUCUGUGUUGCCCAGGGAGAGUGGCCCGUCUACAAGGAGGGCUGCAUGGCCAACGUCCAGAACUGGCUUGCCAAUAAUAUAAUCACCAUUGUGGGACUCUGUCUUGGAAUUGCUCUCAUGGAGCUCUUCCUGAUGACGCUAUCGAUGUUUCUGUGUAAGACCAUCGGGCCCAACUACGACAAGCUCGCCCGCUAUUCCUAGGAGACACAUCUCAGCUUCCCGGAUUCUCCGUCUUUUAAGGGCUGCCUCGGAAUUCACUCCUUCCAGUUCACGCAUUCCACCACAGGAGUUUAAAGCAGCGCUUGUUGGGCUGCGAGGUACUUUGAACAGGUUUCUCUGCCUAGUUUUAUAUUCACCCUGGUACAAAGUGUGGGUUUGAGUCUAACCUUGUCUUGGCAAAUGAAGCGUAAACCUUCAAGACCUGCAGGCCCCAGCAAGAAACGGAACCUGCCAAAACCUGCCGAGUUCUUCACAGAACAAACAUAUGACUCCUGAUUCACCGGCAAAACCCUUUCCCCCCAAAAAUGUACGGACUAUCUCCAAAGUCAAAUCGGUACCCCCCCGCACUGUGAUACUGUUUUGCAUUUUAACGUCCGUCAGAGAUGGAGCCUGCUUCAGCGUGAAGAAAACUUGUUUUAUAGCAAGGUUACCACUGCCAGUCCCCGAUGGCUCAUCACAUUCAAACUGGGAAGCUGCAGAACGGGACGUCUCAAAGCAGUAUACACACAUCAGUAUUUUAAAAUGUUUGGGUAAGUCGGAGUGGGGUCGUCUGCUAGCUCUUAGUCUUUUUACCCAAUAAUCUACCAUGAUAAACUGGGGGGGGGGGUCCCCCGCUCUUGCCAGCAGGAGCCUGUAACCUUCCUUCUUUUAAGUUUCUUUCGGUAUUGAGAGCAAUCUGAUUUUUAACACAUGCCUUUUAAAUAGCUGACAUUCCAGUGAGAGGUAGUAAAACACAAAGGAUGACCCCCCAGCUGGUGAGCCUUGCUUUUAAGUGGGAACGUUGAGGCCAGGGUGCAUUCGCUGGACCACUUAUUUGGUGCUUGGGCUUCUGUGCAGUGCGCUACAGGCGACAGGAGGUUUACCUGAGGAGUCUUGUGAAUGUGUCCCAAUCUGGGACCAGCACAUGGGGAGAACCUCUCCUUAACGCCAUGCCAGUGCAUAAGGUCUUGACCUCAGCCUGACUUCACCAGCGCCUAGAGGAAAACGAUUCAAAUGCCCCAGUUUUAAACUUCACCCUCCUGCUCCCUACAGCCAUCUCUAAACAUUCCUAGCUGUAAGGCCCUUUUCUGGCCCCAGAUUCUCCCUCUAUUUUCCUUUUGUAAUUGCCGAUAUGCAUAUUAAGAUUAUUGGACUUGUCACAAAGGUUUUCCCAUCAUGUUUUUGCUCCAUCACAGCCCUUUGCCUACGCUUCUACCAUGCAUGCACACGCUCACAGCUCCUCGUGUGUGCAGAAACACCCCGGGGUACAGUCAGCUCCCACACAAAGGGUUCUUCCUCUAGUUCAGCCGCAGGAGCAGAUCCAUAACCACAUUCUCAUAGGAGUGAGACUGUGACCUGGAUGAUACAGGGGAAAGCCUUUGCUUGCAUAGGCUAUGUGCGCACUGGUGCUUGCCCAGAGACUUUGAUAGGGCCUCGCGCUCCCGUAUCACAUUCUCGGCAAGGGUUAUGGGCCUGCUCUUGUUGAGCUCCAAGCUAGGGUGAGCAACUGUUUGUCAAGCUUUUUUUUUUUUUUGUCUUCUGUCUACCUUAAUAGCCACACGGUGACAGGUGCACAUACUUGUAAAAGUUAAGAUAUGUACGAACGGAUGCAGGUAAUCAUGAAUGGUUAAGAUGGUGGCAUUGUGAAAGGACCACACAGGUUUUGAAAGGAUAGGGGGUGGAACAGGGUACAUAUAUCAUUUCACCCUUCUCUUUAGCUGUUUUCUGUCAUUUUAACAGUAUUUGGAUUUUUUUGUAACGUAGUCUUCAUUUGUAAAUAAAAAAAAUAGAUCCACAAAUGAUCGUUUGUGGUACUG